UCCGCACCUUUCACUGCGUCGGCCAUGUCUGACGAAGUCCUUGCCGAGGAGUUCGAGGUGCUCGAAUCGAUCUAUCCUACCGAGCUCACGAAGUUAUCGGAAAGGUCGGUGCGCAUAGAUAUCGAACCAGAAGAACCCAAUGAGAGCGAGGAUGAAUUGAAACUCGCCCUCGAAGUGCAAUAUACCGAAGGCUAUCCGGAUGUACUACCAGAACUGUCCUUGGAAGCUGUGGAAGGAAGCAUAGAAGAUGGAGAAGUCGAUGAUUUGCUCGAUGAUCUGCGCAGGGUGGGAGAAGAAAACCUUGGGAUGGCAAUGACGUUUGCGCUUGUCACUCAUCUGAGGGAUGAGUUGUCUGCGCUCAUAAAGCUUCGAGCUGAACAUAGAAAGCAGGACGAAACGGAGAAAGAACGACAAGCGAUAGAGGCAGAGGAGGUCCGGACGCGAGGCACGCCUAUAACAGUGGAGUCGUUCAAGGCGUGGAAGGCUGAAUUCGACAAAGAGUUGGCGAUCAAGAAAGCACGCGAGGAGGAGGAAAAACUCAAAGGAAUGGCUCCAAAAGAAAGGGAAGAAUACAAGAGACUGGCCACGCGUCUCACAGGCCGGCAGUUAUUCGAGCGUGACAGGAAUCUCGCGAUCUCGGAUGAAAACCUCGAUGAAGAGGGCGUCGUAUCUGUCGAUAUCAGCCAAUACGACAGGACUACCGUACAAGAGGAGGAGGAAGAGUCGCAAGUGCCAUUUAGCGACAGUGACUGA